GCAGACGGCGGCGGAGCCGGCGGCGGGCGCGGACCAUGCUGAGCGCAGCGCGCAGUACGCUCGCCUCAGCGCUGCGCGGGCCGUGCGUGUGGUUCCUGCGCGCCACCGGGUCGCAGUCCUCGGCGGGUCGGGGCGAGCGGCCGGAGGAGCUGGCCCGAGCCUUCAACCCGUCGCUGCUGGAGUUCCUGGUGUGUCCUCUCUCCAAGAAGCCGCUCCGAUAUGAAGCAUCAACAAACGAAUUGAUUAAUGAAGACUUGGGAAUAGCCUAUCCAAUCAUUGAUGGGAUUCCGAAUAUGAUACCCCAGGCAGCCAGAACAACACGUGAACAUAAGAAGCAAGAAGAAAUGGAGCAGCACUAA